AGCUGCAGCACUGCCAGCUCCAAGCCCUACAAACCGGGGAGCAAGUCUCCAAACUCACGAGACUUGCUUACAAAUCAGGGCAGUUGGGGUCUUGUCACUUGCCCUCCGGUGCCUGACCCUUGAGAAUGAUCAACUUUUGCCCCCAAUGUGGCCAGAAGGUAGAGACAGCAUUUCAUUUCUGCCCUGUCUGUGGGAAUAAGCUGCCUAAAGAAGAUGAUGAGGAACCAAUGCAACUCACUCCAGAUGCGUCUUUGUCCUCUCUGAAAGCCCUGAGGCAGAAUGAGCCAGUUCCAGAAACAAGAAAGACAGUGGAGUGGAUAUCUUCUGAGAAAAUACCAGCUUCCACUUCGACUGAAGAGGAGGUUUGGAGCCCACAGGCUGCUUCCCCAAGUACCAAGGUGACAUCCAAGGCAAAGUUCAGUCCCCGAUCUCCCCGGCGGCUCAAAUCCACCUCCGUGACACCUCUCCCAGAAGGCAAGAUUCUGACCGACCAGAAUAGCAAGCAGUGGAAACUGGGGAAGCUUCUGAACCAGAGCGUGUGUGGGCUGAUGUACGAAGCACAAUCAGCAUCUGGAGCCUGCCCUCAAAAGCAAAGAUACUUUCUCAAACUUGACGCCAAAGAUGGCAGGAUCUACAAUGAGCAGAUCUUCCUGCAGCGAGCAGCAAAGAAAAUCACAGUGGAUAAGUGGAAGAGGAUGCACUCGGUGCCCUUGCUGGGGAUCCCAAAUUGCAUUGGCUUUGGACUCCAUGAGAGUAACUACAGGUUUCUGGUGUUCCCUGAGUUAGGGCGAACUGUUCAGUCAAUCCUGGGCGAUGGCACAAACCUACUGACGGAGAAACCGGUUUUCCAGAUCGCCAUCAGGGUGCUAGACUGUCUGGAAUACAUCCAUGGAAACGAGUAUGUGCAUGGGGACGUCACAGCAGAGAACAUCUAUGUGAACCCAGACGACCUCGCAGAGGUCACCCUGGCGGGUUACUGCUUUGCAUUCCGAUACUGCCCGGGAGGAAAGCACGUGGCUCAGUGUCAAGGCAGCAGGACUCCUCACGAGGGCACCAUUGAGUUCAUCAGCCUGGAUGGGCACAGGGGAGCUGGACCAUCUCGCCGGAGUGACCUGCAGUCUCUGGGCUACUGCAUGGUGAAGUGGCUGUGUGGCUUCCUGCCCUGGACUGACGACUUGGCUGAUGUGCACAAGGUCAUGGAGCAGAAAGAGAGGUACCAAACGGAUGUGGUCGGGCUUCUGCGACUGUGCUUCGGCCGAAAACCGAUUCCAGAUGCUCUGCACAACUACCUGCAGCAAGCAAUGGCCUUGGCCUUUGAAGAGGAGCCAGAUUACGAGGCACUGCGAUUGCUGUUGGGGAAGCCGCUGGAGAUGAAGAGAGCUUCAGCUUAUGACUCAGUGGACCUCAAGGUGGUGCCUUAGGUAAGGCGUUUCCUACAGGGAUAGCAGAUUGGGGGAAGCACAGUCACGCCCCCACCGCAGGAAUAGUGGAAUAUGGUACUUCAGCUGGCAGUGGUGACCACGGCCUUGUUAUCUGAUCUUCCCUCCGCACAUGAGUCUAACAUGGUAAGCAGGGAGGCUUCUCUCUGCGCUGGUUGUGAAGAUCUAGAAGGAGGGCUGAAGGGACUCUGACUGCUCCAGUGGGGCUUGUUAACCCUUAGAGCAGCAAGGGUGCUCAUUUUCCAUUCCUCAGCCCUCCCUCCCACCUCUUUGUGAUCAGUUUCCUUCCCAUCUCCAGUUGUGUUGAGAAUGGGUGCUGGGUUUUGUGGAGAACAUGCAUGUGGGUUCAAGGAAAAUUUUUGGCAGCAGGGAAUAGGGCUUCCUGUCAGGAAGAGUGAUGUCCCACCCUGCUUCCUCACAGCUGGGGAGCCUCACAUCCUGGCCUCAGGUCUCUCUUCCUAACACUGUUCUCAUUCAUCGUCAUCGGGCAACUCAGCAGUUCUGAAACGGUUAAGAUGUCCUGAGGGUCACUUCUGAGUACAAGGGGAGCUGGUUGGCUGGCUUGCUGUUCCCAAAGGCUGGAGCAAGGUCAGAAUUUGUGGCACUGUUCUUUGAUGCCAAAUGUGCCUAACCUGGCCAAAUUGGCUUUGCCUCUCUCUGCGUCCCUGCAGCUCGCAGACAGACUGUUGAGUAAGAGCCCGUUCUGGGUAAGGGGCAGGAGGAAUGAAGAUGUGCACAGCCUUUAGGAGAGAGAGCUGCCCAGCCUCACGCCACGCUCGUCCUUCAAAGCAGGCUCCUAGAGCUCCACUUUCUCAGGGACGCUGACUGAGCCGUGAACACUCACUCUGUUCCCUCCUUGGAGGCGAGGUGUAGCCCUAGUUUUGCUGAGUUCUGACAACUUGCCACCUUCAGGGGCUCCCAUGGCUAGUCUAAGCGCAUAUCAGCAGGCCCAGCCCUACUUCUGCCCUUAGGUCUCUCUGUGGUGUCCAUCACCUUGGGAUCUAAGGUGGGUAGAGGAUGUGUUCCUGCUAGAUCAGGCAGCACACGGCUGGUCAAGUCCACUAAAUCUGCUGGCUAAAAUGUCUCUCUCAUCUUGGAGGCUGUAAUAUUUGUUGGUAGCCACCAAGGUAUUGAACCAAAUUCAGCCCUAGCACAAUCUAACCAAUUCACAUAGAGACUUGGCCCUUGUCUCAGCUUAGAGUCAGCCCUAAGUAAAUUGGCUCCAGGUGGCACGGCCAACGGCACUGGCACAUGCUCCAUCCCAAUUUAUGUUCUUCUUUGUGGCUUUUCAGAUCAAGAAACUGACAAACUGUGAGAGGUUUAACCUAUUGGAAGGGCCCUGCUCUGGGGCAGCCAGCUCCUGCUGUCCUUCAUUACACACCUGUUCUAGAUUUCCUUGGGAGUUUAUAGGGAUUGUUUUUAGGGCUUUUACAGUGAUUUUUAGAAAGCUGACUUCUGAGCCAGUGCUGUAGCUUAAUGAGCUCCAGCUAUUGUGAAGACUUAAACUCCUGCUUGGCAGAUGGCUGCCCCAACCACUGUUUGCAACUACCUAGCAACUGGGAGCGUUGCCAUACUGACACGCUGAGCCCGGUGAAGGGAAAAGAAAUCAGGGGUUUUAAAUGUUUGUAUCCUGCCUAAUAAACACUGUUUGUUUUGUAAUAAAUGCUUUGUGGAUGGA